AUGAAAGUGCUUGAUCCAAUAAUCGCCAGAAGUGUUCUACAUUUUGAUUCUGCUUCCGCAAUAUGGUCUAAUCUUCAAGAAAGAUUUGGACAGACCUCUGGUACACAAAUUUACUCCAAUCUUCAACAACUUGCCGAAAUGCAACAAGGAACAGAUAGUAUUUCUUCGUUCUACACAAAAAUGAAAAUCCUCUGGGAUACACAAGAUGCUACUCAACCUUUGCCAAUAUGCAAUUGUACCAAUUGCAACUGUAGACUCACUCAAAAAAUCUUGACUCUUCAAGAAGAACAACGAACCAUUUCCUUCCUAAUGAAGCUCAACCCUAAUUUCUCACAUGUCCGGGCCAAUAUCCUUAUGCAAUAUCAUUUACCACCUAUAUCUCAUGCUUACAGGCUUCUGGCACAGGAAGAAGAACACAAGGCUAUCUCUGAAAAUAUUCCAGAAGAUUCUCAUGCCAUGUUUGCCAACAAAGGGAGACCCUCUGAACAUAAAAGUAACUCUGGCAUAAUUCCAUACAGACCCCCUCAAUCUAGUGAAAAGUCCUUCUCUCAAAGAAAAUCAUCCUACUUUUGUGACUAUUGCAAGAAGACUGGCCACACUAAAGAUAGAUGCUACAAAUUACAUGGCCUUCCUUCAAACCUUACUACUAAGUCCAAUUGGAAGAAUAACAAAGUAGCUGCUUUGGUUGAUUUAGAAAAUCCUGAACCACACAAGCUAAAAUCUAUACCAGCUGGUUCCAAUUCUUUCACCAAUGAACAAUAUAAUAUGCUGCUACAUUUGAUCAAUCAACAAAAGAAAGAAGACUCUCCAAUUCUUGCUGAAGAUUCCAACACUGCAUGCUUCUUAGCUGGUAAGCAAUGCCUUUUUUCAACUAAUAAUGCUCUUUGGAUAAUUGACAGUGGUGCCACCAAUCACAUAACAUUCAACCUUGAUUUUUUUUGA